AUGUCUCCUGUAAUUCAGCUGCUCCUACUGACAUGCUUAGUAAUCUCCGGCGCCGGCGCCGGCGAGGAGGAGAUACAGGUGAUGAGUAUCCACGAAGUCCUCCCACAGUUUGGGCUUCCGAGUGGGUUGUUUCCAAAUUCCGUAAAGUCUUUCUCUAUGGAUAAAGACAACAACUUCGAGCUCAAGCUAAGAAGUUCAUGCACAGUCGACUUUGAUUAUCCGUUGUUGUACGACAGCAGCAUUAAAGGGACGUUCCGUUAUGGGUCAAUUAUAGAACUCGAGGGAAUUCAACUUGAGAGAUUUCGUAUGUCGUUUGAAAUUACCCAAAUCAGAGUUGAUUUGCCGCCUACUAAAAAUAUCUACUUCCAUAUUAUGUUUAUGUUGUUUGAGAACAGUCUUGAUAUUGAUCAGUUCAUGACUGUCCGUUCUUGCUCCAGAUAUGUUUCUGGUCGUCUUUCUCAAAAACAGGUUCAGGAGGUAACUUCUCGGGUCGCUAAUGAAUCGUACGAGGAUGCGCCGGAAAAACCUGCAGGGUGGGAAGUGUCGGCGAACGCCGACGCCGAUGCUAGCUAA